AUGGGUGUCGACACCCGCAGACCCAUUCUCCCAGCUCCCACAGAGUCCGUCCUCGAUACCACUGGCGCCAGCACCACAGGCACAGAUCUCGCCACAGACGUCUCUCGCCGAACAGACAAGACGUCCUACUCGAUCCCGGAAGAUGGCAGUCCCGUCACCAUCUCGACUCGUCGCCGCUCCUCUCGUCCCCGCGACCGCGACGAAGGCAAGAUGUCCCGGUCCUCUCACCACUCGCAGACCUCCCUGCUCAUAGAGUACUUUGAAGGCGGGAAGAAGAGCUCCAGCGGUGGGGGAGUCAGCUCGCGGCCCAGCGUCAGGGUCAGAGUCACCCCGUCCUCCAGUCGCAAGAAGGACAGAGACAGAGACCACCAGUCCGAUCGUAUCCAUAUCAGCGAGAACAGCGGCGGCCGAAAACCAUCGUAUACCAGGCGUAUCUCGCUCAGCACGCCAAGCAGGUCCAAGGACGUUAUCGACAGAGGUAGUGAUGACAGAAGCCUGAGUUCUAUGACUGAUGGGGCUGACGAUAUGGGCGCCUCGCGUGGCCAUCCGCUAGAAAUCGAAAUCGUCAACCGUGGCAGUGAGGUUUCGUCCAGAUAUAUCCAGCCUACCUCGGACAUCUCGUCGAUGCCGGCGGACAGCAUGCUAGACGGGCCCCUGAUCGUAUCCGAGACCCAUCGUCGUCGAAGCCAUAGCGUCAGCGGCGAUGAGCUUGAAGCCCCCGAAUCUCGAGACUUGCUGAAAACGCCGUCGAGGAGGCGGAGUCGUAGCCUGAGUCGUGAGAGGAUCGCUCAAAAGGCUGCUGAGAAGAUCAGUGGCACUGCUCCCAGAGAUCGCACCCGGUCCAAGCAACGAUAUGCUGAGGGAAGCGGGACUGGAAGCCGAGACCUCUUCGACUACAGCUCCAAACGCUCUGGAAAGCAUAAAGAUAGAGACAUGGCUAGUCCGGAGUCAAGCUAUCUUAGCACUUCGCUAGCGUCGGGUAAUAAUGGGAAGGCCGGGAACGGGGACCAAUACUCUUUCCGAUCAGGCACUUCACGAUCAUCUCUCAAUAACCCCAGACUCCUCGAAACCGUCGAAGAUGCCAUUCGUCGACUAAUCCUUCCAGAGCUAAAGGAGCUAAAGAAGGACCAGAAGGAUGAUCCCCUAUCCAGAUCCAAAGCCGGCCGUGCAGGGAAUAAAUCCAAAGAGGACCGACUUUCAAAACGCUCCAGUGCACCGGAUGUUUCUAGGAGCUUGGGUCUCGAUGUUGAUCCAAGGACACCUGCCCGCUCGCCUGAUUCACGCUCGUCAAAGACCAAGGAGCGCAGACGUGAGAAGCGCUCCAGCCCACCACGUCGUGAACGAAGCUCGUCCCGCCGCGCCUCCGAAGACCGUACGAUCGAGGAACCAGGCGUCAGCAGAAAGAAAAGCAAAGGCCUCCGCGAUGCUGAGGCUGCCAAAAUCGUAGGUGCGGCCCUUACCACCGCAGCUCUAAAGCAUCACGACUCAAACUCGAGCCUGGGUCGACGAGAGAAAACGCACCGACGCAGCAAGAGUUCGCUUGCCAGCGGCAGCCGUGGAGGAAUCAAUGAUACCGAACUCAUCUUCCAAAAACACGAUGUUGCGCCCAUGCCUUUCCGGAGUGGUAUUGACUCCGAGAUGACCAGACAGUCUAUCCUCUCUCAACAAUCCGCUCAGACCGCUACUGCUCUUGAGGGUGAAGUUCCAAGAGGGUCGACUGGUGCCCUCGCCUCUCCUGCACGCAUGACUCCAGAGAACAUGAGAGAGCUCAGGAACCAAGGCAGCGGGUUGUCGGGAGAAGAGAUGGAUAGGCAACUCGUUGAAUCACCAACUCCGAAAUCUUUCCAACAACAUGACGAUAUUGAUUUCUCUAAUAAUCGUGCCCUCAGCCCAAUUCAGAGCGUGGCAACCUACCAUGAUGACGAACAUGCUCAUGACCACGACCGCAGUUUAACUCCUGGCCAGUACGAGGACCCCCACAAGCAACAGCAACGGCUAUCGAUUGAAUCUCUAUCCUCUGCUGCCAGCACGGAUCUGGCCAGAUCAACGCGGACGGCAGACUAUAGCCAUGAAAAGCGCAACCCUCCCACCAUACGUGAUGAGGAAUCUGGUGCCGAGCUAGAUAUUGGAGAGUCCCAGAGAAACUCGCCUAGCCAUUGGGGACACGAUGAGACUUUGGGAGAUGAAGAAUACGAUCAUGACCACGACCUCGAGCACGAGCACGACCGUGAUCUCGAUAUAGACCCGAAACAUAUGACCAACUAUACCGACGACACCUUUACCGACCCACUCGACCAAGGCCAGCAGAUCGCAGGCGGACGCGGCGCUAAUGUUGAAUACGUCCAUGCUCCGCUAGGAGUUGAGUCUGCAGUGGCUUCUCUCUUGGAUCCUUCUCUCCUCUCUACCCGUUCACCACAUCCUCUCGUCAACCGUUCGUCACGAAGCUAUACUCCUGGCAUGGAAGGAGAAGAGCAGAGCAGGGGCGUAGAUCUUGAAGACGAGACUGCACCGGCUGAAGAGACUUAUGAAGAUGAUGAGGAUGAGGAUGAACAUGCCGGCGUUGACGAGCGUCCAUUCCAUGAACGCAUGGGAGUAAGCUCACCACCACACAGCGCCGCUCAAUCCGAUGAAGGAGAAGAAGAGGAGGAAGAAGACGACCAUGAUCUACCACUUUUGGGCGCCACCGCGUUGCCAAAUGCCGGUAGCCCGAUCCCUGAAAUCGGCCACAUGUUGGACUCCGAGUCGGAUAUCAACACUAACCCUUCAAUCAUUCAAGGGCCUAUUGGCGGUGUACCCCAUGAAGGUCGCGACCAUUGGCCCUAUGAGCCUAGCCCACCUCAAUCAGGCAGACAGUUGAUAUCUCCUGAGCGAGAACUCGGCGGUUCCGGCGAUGAUGGCGACAUGAGAGAUCUAACUGGGCCUGAAUAUGGCGCUGGUCUAGGUGUCAUCACCGAAGAACCAGGCCAUGACGAUAUGAUGUAUGAUAUGGACAAGGGUCUCGGCUCUAACCCAUAUGGCAAUGACCACUUCGACUUGGCCUCUCCAGGUCCAAGGGAUGAAGGAUAUAUCUCCGGCGCCAACCAUAGGUCUAAUAGCAGCGCUACUCCAGAGCCAAAGGGUAAAGGCUAUGACUUUUCGAACGAAAUGGUUGGCCUUGGAAGUCCGAUGGAUGUUGAUGAUCCAUUUAAUGAUAAGCAUAAACGACAUCUAAGCGGGUAUUCUCAUGGCAUGCCAUCGCCACUCUACGAUAGCUCGACUGGUCGAGGUAUCGAUAGGAUCCAGUCCAAGGAUAUCGUUGCACUUAUGGAUCAUUUGACGGUUCGUGACGCUCAGCGAAAUGCCAGAGACACCGAGAUCUUGAUCACCCUUGUCCGCAGUGCUGCCGAGAUGCGCAACUCAUUCGAGGAUAUGAAGAAGUAUAUCGCACAACAAGACGAAUUGUUGCUUGACGCCAACACCAAGGGUCAUGAUCGCACUCAAAAGGCCAUCGGCGGCCCACGUCCUAUCCCUACCCCUCGUGCUCUCAGCAAGCAAUCCAGCGACUUCGAGGAAGAAAUGCGCUCGAAGAAAAAGAACGUAUUCAAGAGGGCGCUGAAAACUCUUAGCUUGAAGAGUUCAGGCGACCUAACUAAUAUUGAAGAGAUGCUUCUUCACUUGCUGACUGAAGUCGAGGCUCUACGAGCUGCUCAAGAUGGUCGAGCUCCUGGUACCGGAAAUUCGGCUGAGAAUAUGAACGGCGAUGGAUAUGAAGAUCAAGAACGCAGCCCCCCGGCUGGUCAAUCUCCAUAUACCAACUCUCCACAACGCACGAAUGACACCCGAAUGCAUUCUUCUCAACGCGGCAUCAGCCCUGUUAUGGAAGUAAACGAGGAAGAGCCCUUGACUCGUGAUGAGCAGGAAAUUCUCGAGAACCCAACACCUCCCGGCUCUCGAUUCGUCGGACGCCAUAAACGAGGUGCUUCCGUUCCAUUGGCAACUCCUGAGCGCGUACCGACUGCUUCAGGUGCUCCUAGUGCCGAUACAACUCCCAAGAUGUCCAAUGAGAAGUCCCGCAAAACCAAGUCUAGCAGCUCAUCUUUCUUCCCCAAAAUAUCUCGAUGGUCAAGAACUACUGCGUCCUCCAUGGGUGAAAACCUGCGCAAUAGCAUCCAGCCUACCCGCAAGGAACGUUUCUCGUCAGAGGCAUCUCGCUCUAACUCAGACCUGGACAAUGCCAAUUACACCACCGCCGAGUACUAUGACCACCGUGGUGAUGAUAGGCUUCGAUCAAACACGAGUGUCAACAAGGAUGACACCGAGAACCGUCCACCUUCGCCGCUAGUGCCUUCACAGCUUUCGGAGAACCCUAAAUACCGAGCUCACAGGGAUAGCUUGAAUCUCCAACACCCCCAACCCCGUCAGGGACCUACCUCUCGAUAUCAGACACAGCUCGAGUCUCAAGCACAGCACUAUGGAGCUCCCCGUUCACCUAACUCUGAGGCUUGGGCAUCAAACCCUACGCUUUCAGCUGUCAACCGUGAUCGCCCCGGUAGCGCCGCAGACAAUCACCGACCAAUGUCAGCGGGUGCAUACUCUGUUGGCUCCUCCGUCAUGAGCCAUAGUGGACCAGCCCGGCCACCAAAAAUCAGAGACGAUGGCCCUCUCAUCCCCCAGCGCACUUCCAAGCUAGGCGAAGACCCUAACCCAAGCUAUGCCGAGCGUAUGGCAAUGCGAGAAGGCACCGCUCGCAUGGUUGAUCAUGUGAACAACAAUGGCUCCCCGUCUAGAUCAUCUCCAGGACGGGGUAUUCCACAGCGAAAACCAACCGGUCCCCGACCAUUAACCAGUUCUGGAAAGAACAAUUCCACCAUGGGUACUCAGCGAGCCCAGUACGACUAUGAUGAUUAUUGA